AUGGGGCCGGUCGGGGCGCUGGGGCUGCUGCUGUGCCUGCAUCUGUGUGGGGGCUCCGGGCAGCUGCAGCUGGUGGGGGGCGGCGGGCGCUGUGCCGGACGCGUGGAGGUGAAUCACGACGGUGAGUGGGGCUCCGUCUGCGUCUUCGACUUCGACUGGGAAGCCCGCUGGGCUCCCGUGGUGUGCCGGCAGCUGGGCUGUGGCCGCGUGGCCUGGUCGUCCCCAUACACCCCGUUCGGGCAGGGCAGUGGCCGGAUCUGGCUCCAGCCCUUCUGCCUCGGUACCGAGGAGGUGCUGGAGGAGUGUCGGAACUUCGGAUGGGGCCAGCAUUACUGCGGCCACGACCGGGACGUGGGGGUGAUCUGCACAGGUGAGGGGGACAGGCUGGCCGUGCCAGGACACACCUCGUGCCGGGGUGUGCCGGGCAGGGCUGAGCUGUGCUGGUGUCCCGGUGCAGAGGCUUUGGAGCUGAGGCUGGUGGGCGGCGGUCCCUGUUCCGGGAGGGUGGAGGUGAAGCUGCGGGGACACUGGGGCUCGGUGGCAGAUAAAAACUGGGACAUGGAGGAUGCCGAGGUGGUGUGCCAGCAGCUGGGCUGUGGCUCGGCUGCCGGCGCCUACGCUGCCCGCGACCGCUUUGGCACAGGGACCGGGCCCAUCAACCUGGCCCUGGUGGACUGCAAGGGGGACGAGGCCACACUCUGGGACUGCGAGAUCCGCGGCUGGGGACCCUACAAUGGUCCCCAUGAUUUCGACACCGCUGUCAUCUGCCAAGGGUUUUCCCGGCUGGUCGGAGGUGACGGAGCCUGUGCUGGGCGGUUGGAGGUGCGGCAGCGCCAGGCCUGGGUUGGCGUCUGCGCGGAGCACGUGGACAUGAAGGUGGCCCAGGUGGUGUGCCGGGAGCUGGGCUGUGGCGCGGCGCUGGCCAUCCCCGGCAGCGGCUGGUUUGGGGCCGGAACGGGGCCGCUGUGGGAGGGGGGGUUCAACUGCACCGGCAGCGAGCCCCUCCUCAGCGCCUGCGCCCGGCGGGUGCCCCACAGCCAGGGCUGUGCUGGCCACGCCACCAUCAUCUGCUCCCCCUACACGGGCUUCCGGCUGGGGAACAGCAGCUCGGGCUGUGCCGGGCGGGUGGAGGUGGCGGUGAGGGGCACGUGGGGGUCCGUCUGCGCCACCGACUGGGACCUGCCCGAUGCCGACGUCCUGUGCCGCCACCUGGGCUGUGGCCACGCCGUCACCGUGCCCCCGGGAGGCUCCUUCGGCAGCGGGGACGGGCCGCUGAGGCCGGACGCCUUCGGCUGCAGUGGGAGCGAGCGGCACCCGGGCGAGUGCCCCGUGGCAGUGCUGGGGGAGCCCCCCUGCACCCCGGGGAACGCCGCCGCCGUCAACUGCUCAGGCAUCGUGAAUUCCCUGCGGCUGGUGGAGGGUGAGAGCCGGUGUGACGGGUGGCUGGAGUUGGCCAUAAGCCCCGGGGUCUGGCGCCGUGUGCCAGGAGAGGUUUUGGCUGAACAGAAUUUCAGUGUGGUGUGUGGGAAGCUGGGCUGUGGUGGGCUAGACAAGAGCCAUGCUGUCGUUGGUACGGUCCCCGUGUGGAACAUGAGCGAUUCAGAGCAGAACAUUACAAUAGAAGUGGUCCACACUCUCUGGAAGAUGGCCAACCAGGAGACGCCUGUCUGGCUGAACGACUUAAUAGUCUGGGACAUGACCACCGGGCCAACCGACAUCCCUCAUGGGGCAGCCAUUGUCUGCUCAGGCAGCCGGCGGGUGAGGCUGGCGGGCGGUGCCGGGCGCUGCGCCGGGCGCGUGGAGGUCUAUGCCGGUGGCACCUGGAGCAGCGUGUGCCAGGAGCGCUGGGACCUGCGGGCCGCCGCCGUUGUGUGCCGGGAGCUGGGCUGUGGCGCGGCACUGGAGGCCCCCGGCUCGGCGCGCUUCGGCCCCGGCGCGGGGACAGCGUGGCCGUACGUGGUUGAGUGCGCCGGGAGCGAGGAGUCUCUCUGGGAAUGCCCACGCUCGGAAGGGCGCGAGUGCGAGCGCGGGGCCGGGGCCGGGGCCGUCUGCUCAGAGCAGCUCUCCCUGCGGCUGGCGGGCGGGCGCGGGCGCUGCAGCGGGUACCUGGAGCUGCUCCACAACGGCACCUGGGGCCGCGUGUGCGCCACCGGCACCAGCCCCCGCACCGCCGCCGCCGUCUGCCGGCAGCUGGGCUGUGGGGACGGGGGGCAGCUGGCACCCGCCCCCGCCCAGCAGCCGGCCCCCGCCUGGCUGGCCUGGGUGGGCUGCGAGGAGGGGGCCCGCUCGCUCUGGGGGUGCCCCUCGGCACCCUGGCACCUGCAUUCCUGCGGCCCCGGAGGGGACGCCCACGUGGUUUGUGUGGAGGACAGUGACAACCCCAGCGAGACAGCCAGCACCCCGUGCCCGGACGGGGCCCCCUGCACAGCUGUCCCCAGCAGCAGCGGCCCUGCGGUGGCCAGGGGGACUGUGCCGGUGCCAAGCGGGCAGGUGGCCAGGGGGACUGUGCCGGUGGCGGUGGUGCUGUGCGUGGUCCUGGGGACGCUGCUGUGCCUGGCCCUGGGCGCCCUGGCCGUGGUGAUGUGCCGUGCCCGCGCUUGGCGCCGAGGCCCCGGCAGAGCCGUGGGUGCCAUUCCCGACGCCAUCUACGAGGAGCUGGACUACAGCGCGAUGCUGGAGUACCAGGAGGUGCCCAGUCGCCCAGGUUCCCCGCGGGAGGGCUCAGUGAAGAAGCUGCUGUGUUACACCGGGGACAGCGUGGAGGGGAGUGACAGCGGGGCAGCCCCUGUCCCAGCCCCUCCUGCCCUGCCUGGGCACAGAACCCUGGAUGGCUACGACGAUGCCACGGCUGGAACCCUGGAUGGCUAUGAUGAUGCCACAGCAGGAACCUCGGAUGGCUACGACGAUGCCACAGCUGGGACCCCGGAUGGCCACGAUGAUGCCAUGGCUGGAACCCUGGAUGGCUACGACGAUGCCAUGGCUGGAACCCUGGAUGGCUACGACGAUGCCAUGGCUGGAACCCUGGAUGGCUACGACGAUGCCACGGCCGUGCCAGAGGAGUCCCCCACUCCCAGCACUGGGGACAUCUCCGAGGGAGUGGCACGGAGGGGCUGGAUCCGUGUCCCACCCACAGUGGUGCAUUCCCCAGCAGUCCCACGGCAGCUCUUGGGCAGUGCAGCUGCCAGAGGUCCCUCUGGACUGUGGGACAGGCAAAAACUCCAAAUAAAAGCACAUAUACAGAUUCUGAGACUGUUACAAAGACAGGCGAUGGGACAUGGAAAUAACGUCUCUGUUUUGGAUCAUGGUGUGCUAGAGCAGGGCUGGCAAGCAGACUUUUCAGCUCGCGUGGUGAUGCCUAAAAAGCCAGCCAUCAGGAUAUGCUGGGAUUGCUCCUGCUCCUCCUCUGCUGCUGGCUCUGACUCGGUGGCACAUAAGAAGGAUGACCUUCAAUGACGUGCCUUUAAUCUAAGAAAGAUGAGUAAAAAAAAAUAAAUUACCGUGGCUGGUUCAGUCCUGUUGCAUGAGGGUAAAGCACUGCUCCCAGGUCUGUAAGGUGUAAAAGAUGUGCUUCUGCAGGAACUCUGAUUAUACAGAGCAGAGAGGGGAAAGACUCUCUGGCUCAGGAUUAUUUCUCGAUGAUGUAGUUGCUUUAAGUAAUGUGCAGGAGGAAGAGAUAGUCCACAGGUGUCCUCAGAGGCAAAAACUGGAAUCAAGUCAAGGAUGCUGCUGGUCUGCUGCCGUUUCUUUCCAAGCUGCUUAAUGGCACUCAUUAGGUUGGCUGGGCUGAUUGUCAAGGGGGAAGUAGAAUUGCCAGAGGGGAUAUUUGUUUCCUCUUUUAGCAAGGGGAAGGAAAAUCCAUGUGGUGGAGGUGAGGUCGAUAUUCGAGGCAUUCCACUGUGAUAAGGAAAAAUGGAUACGACAGUGCAAGCCCCAUGGGUGCUCCCAAAAUCCCUGCAGCUGGAGAGAGGGAGGAGACUCUUGUUUUCUGACCAAAUAACACGAUGGGAUGCAGCUUCCAGUUGCCCGAGUCCAUAAAACGGAGCAUUUGGGAGCUGCGGGGUUUCUAAGAGAAGCAGCUUUGAUAACUUUUCUAACUCACCACGCAGCUCCAUAGCAAAUAACCCAGGAAGAAUUUAAGAUUCUCAUCCCUGACAGUUCUGAGACACAGGUUGGGGAAACAGACUGGGUGUAUGUAUUUAAUCCUGUCUCAGAAACUGUCUCUCUUUUGAGGCCCAGUCAAUUGUAGCCUUCUUUUAUUAUAACUGCUGUUCUCUCCCAAGGGAAUUAGGAGCAUCUCCUUUUUUCUUCAAGAUAACAGCAGAUUUUGCAUUAAAAAAAAAACAAACCAACAAACCACAAACCCCUCCCUACUACCAGAAUUGGACUGUAAAAGAUUUUUUUUGUUUGCUUGCUUUUUUACUCCCACGGUGAAUAAACUGGUUUCCAGAAAAUUUCUCAGCAUGCUUAUUUAAUGCCUCUCACCCAUUUUUUUUGAAAAAAACCCAAAAAAACCAAACCUAAAAUGCCCAUUUUCAGCAAAGAAAAGACAGUUUCUGCAUUUUCUUUUGUGGAUGAAUUGAUCUCUCCAUGUCUCUUUUGUCAGCUAUUACCUCUCUGUUGCUGUAACAUCUGGCACAAGAAAGAAGUGCUCUGAUGAAGAAACUAUUUGUGAAGAAACCAAGGAUCCUAAGAGAAAACUGUCCCUGACAAAAGGGCCUAUAAGAAACUUCAAAUUAUUGGGGGUUGAGAGAGAAGAUUAGAAGCAGAGUGUGGGAAAAGUAAAUAAGUACUGAAAAGAGAGUGAACUCCAGCAUGAAUAGGUUGUAUACAGAUAAAAAGAUCUGGCCAAGUAACAACAACAACAAGCAAUAAGUUGUUAACAGAUGCUUGAACUUCAUAUUGAAACAGCAGAAGUGUUGAUAUAAUUCUGUUGACAUAGCUCUGCUGUGUUGUUGUUGGCAGAAGAAGUUAGUUUAACUUUAGGGGAAGGGUAAAUUGUAGGCUCUCGUUUAUUUUCUCCGGCUAAAAACCUCUGACUUGACUUUUUACCUGUUUUUGUAGUGAAUUUUCAUCAUACCAAGUAAGUAUGAAAUCAUUCAGACUAACAUUUCACAUGUCAAUAAAGCUGUGUGUGUGUAUAUUAGCCCAGCACAUUUCAUUCCUCUAAACCAUGUUUAUUACUUAAGCUCUGCAACAUCAAUUUUGCACUUGGAAAAACAGAGGAGCAGAGAAAACAGAAAGCCAGGGUUGUUUGCAGAGGAAUGUUGUUGUGAAAUAAGCCAGGGAGGAAAUAAAAAACCUCCCCAAAUAGUGGUGAAUGAUCAUUAGAUCUCUUUUGAGGCCUUUUCUAUUUCUAUUUCUAUUCAGUUCAGUCCUUGCUCUGUGACUGGCUGAGAGCGAAGCAAAGGAAGUUGAGAUCCAAACUGGAAGUUGGUGUUCAUCCAGGGAAAUAAUCCAGCAGUUUUGAUCACCAGUCUUGAUAACUAAUGCUAAUUAAUUUCUCAAGAGUGUAUAAAUUUGGUCCUUAUUUUCCUGAGCCGCUGUAUUGCCAGUUCCUCAGCCCAAUAAGACCAUGAAAAUGUAAAUGCUUAGCACAUUAAAGUUUAUUUUCUGCAAACUGA